UCCAACUACAAAAUGAAGGGCCUCUUCAAGGGUCUUAGGUUUAUUUCUCAAAUAUUUGAAAAUGAGAAAGAGCCAGAGAUGCAAAUUGGAACGCCAACAGAUGUAAAGCAUGUCGCUCACAUUGGUUGGGAUGGAGGAUCUGCCGAUCAAAAUCCACCCAGCUGGAUGAAUGAUUUUAAAGUAUCGGGUGGAUAUUCAUCGGCACCUCUCGGAAAUAUCAAGGAGGAUGCUUCAUGCAUUUCUGAAGAUUCGACUCGGUCACGUGAUACACCUGCUGGACUUCCGAAAUCGUCGAGAGAGCGUUCAAGCACGUUAGGUGGUUCACCAACAAAAGAACAACGAUCACGACGUGGUUCAAGUAGUGGAAACCCUAAAUCUUCACGGAGGUCGUCGAAAGAAUCUUCUGAUCAAGAUGGUUCAAGAAAAACUCGUCGGAAAAAGUCAAAGGAUAGUAGUUCUGUAAACGGAGGGUCUUCAAGAUCGUCAAGAAGAGCACGUGGAUCUCAGACAGAAUCAGUAAAUGGUUCUAUUGUGUCCGAUGAAGGAUCAAUGAUAUCAAUCGAUCUCCAGUGAUGAUAGAGAUAUCUAUAAUUAAAGAGACGACAAUAGAAAAGUUCGGAAUUUGUCUCUCAUCAAGAAGAGAUCAUAUAGCUUUGGUUGGUUACUAUAGGAAUAAGGAUCAUCAAGCUAAUGAGUUUCUGAAUUUUCUUGCGAGCUAGAUUAUAUAUGUCUCGAUCAUCAUAUUAAUUAAUAAUCGAGACGAUCAACUGAAUUCGGAUGUGGAUUUGUGUUGAUGUUUAACGUUUUGUCUCUCGAAAUAUCUU